AAAGAGAGAGGGAAGAUAAUCCGUUCGACUAAUCCCAGUUAAUCCCACCCACCAUUCACCGUUGUCAUAAACGUAUAAGAUUUCCAAGAAAUAUGGCUGAUAUUGUAGGGUUUAGUUACGCUGUUGUUGUAGCAGUAGGCGGUGUGGUAGGCUACGUGAAAGCAGGUAGUGCAAUGUCUCUUGCCAUGGGGCUUCUUUUUGGUGGUGUGGCGGGGUAUGGUGCAUCGUUAACUUCUCAGGACCCAAGGAAUGUAAACGUCAUACUAGGAAGCUCCGCCGUGUUGGCAGGUGUGAUGGGUAUGAGGUUCGUGAAGAGUGGAAAGUUCAUGCCGGCAGGAUUAGUAGCCACUCUGAGUAUUUUGAUGGUUCUGAGGUAUGGUUAUAGACUGACGUACAAGAACUGAUCCAACUUGGCCUCUUUCUGUUUCAAUACUGCUGAUCAUAUCUUUCCAGCAUAUACUACAAAACCAGUUAUACUUUUUUUUGCCUUAUUGGCUUUUUUCCACACACAUCAUUUUGGGUAUAACCAACAAAGAAAACUUUCCAGUAACAAUUAACCAGAUACUAGUUAAAAAUAUGUCAGCCAACUAUUGUAAAUGUCAUCUAGGAGAUAGGAAAGGCAUUCUCAUUUAAUAUGCUAGCAAAUUAGAGAUUUAGAAAUUAGAGAAACAACAUACAGGGACUCUUAGAACAUUGAUAGUUUGAAAUCAUGAUUCAAGUGUUUUAUGUAAAUGGUAAUCCAGCACUAUAUCUCAGAAUAAUAUGAAAAUGAAGAUUGAAAGUAUGAAUUUUGAUUUUCUGCCCUGUAGAUUCUAUGUGAAUUAUUUUUUAGGUUAAUGGGUUUUGUCUACAAAAGAUAUUUUUAUACUGAACAAUGACUUGGUCUAUCAGAUGAUUAUUUUUCUUUUUCAUAGUACAGUACUGCACUGUGUACACAUAAUUAUGUUAGAUUUUAUAAGUAAACAAAGGAAACAAUAUAGAUAGACAAUAAAAAUAAAGAAGAGAUA